CGCGUACGUGCUGUUUAAAACCUCGCUCACAACACAAACUCCCCGGCCAUCAGCAUUCAGCCGUCUCCCAAACCCAAAGCAUCCUCGCCCACCACCGGCAACGCGCGCGACCAGGACAGCCAUGGCAUCCCGUGCUCUGCCUCUGCUCCUCCUCGUCCUGGCCGUCGCCGCCGUCGCGGCAGCGCCCAUCGUCCGCGCGAGCGCCGAGGACGGCCCGAGGAGGCGGCUGCUGCAGGACGCCGGCGGCAACAGCACCGACACCAACGGCACGGCGGGGUACAUCAGCUACGGCGCGCUGUACGCCAGCACGGUGCCGUGCGCCUACUCCGGCGCGUCCUACUACAACUGCCGCCCCGGCGCGGAGGCCAACCCCUACGAGCGCGGCUGCUCCGCCAUCACGCAGUGCCGCGACUGAUGGACCGACGACGGAGUAACGCGGUUUCUGCUGCUAGUUGAUGUCGCUGUUUCCUUGAGCCACGGGAUCGAAUUUUCCUUGACAUGAAUAUUUUCAUUCAUUUUGGUGUUGUUGUGCUUCGAUGUACUAUACGUGUAUGAGAUGAUUGAUGGUUAAUUUCGAGCAUUUAACAGA